AUGACGCUGGAUAUCCCCCCGCGGAUGUCGAGCGCUGGCCACCACCACCACCAGGACCGGCAGCAGUACCAGCAGGAGAAUGCCAUAGGGAUCAUCGAGCGUGCCUUCGACUCCUUUCCUGCUACGCCGAGCCCCGACCUGGCCCUCUGGAGGGAGCACAAGGGGGGGUUACGGGAGACUGAGAUGGAGACUGAUGCGGCACCGCGAGCAGAGAGCUGUGCGUCAGACCUCACGGGGGGUUACAGCAUAAACCGGACGGGCCGUCUGGACGAGGAGGUAGAUAUAGAGCCGGUCAAGGAGCACAAAGUACGGCCACGUCUUUCGUCUCCUUUUCUUCGGCACGUCACAAGGAAGACAUCGUCGAACUUGAAACAAGACUCGCUGCGGCCCUCCGAGCCCUCCUCCUCCUCCUCUACCUCCCAGGCCGUCAAUCGCUCUCAAAAGUCUUACCAUACAAACGGAACCUCUUCCCAGGACCUUGCCUUAAGGGACUAUCCGGCCGGGGCCAGCCAGUCUACUACAGACCUGUCGACAGAUCACAACUCUAGGGGGACUUCUUCACGCAAGGCACAGAAUAAACAAAAGCAUCGGCCACCCAUGAUUGACCUGUCUAAACUCUUCCCUAGACAGCGCAAGGCGCCUGUUCCUUGUCCUCCGUCUCCUGACCGGGCAGAUACUCCCCCAUCGAUCAUGUCCAAUGGGUCGGACGCUUCUAUCUACAAGACUCACAAGUUUGAAAAGGCCCAGCGGGCCCUCGACCGGCUGACGACCAGAUCUCCAAACUCAGGGAAACUGGACAUGAUACAGUCGGAGUACCGGCAGGAAGAUGAUCUAACACCUGUCCAGGCGCCUCUGGACCGAUACCAAUCUACUUCAUCCCUUCAGGAACCCUUCAAUCACCAAAAGGAUCAGAGCAAUCAGCAGCAGAAGAAGCAGCGUCAGGAGAAGGACAAACUAGCAGAAGACACGGGGGAACGUCUCACUGACCGCAAAUAUGAAGGUAACUGGCGGGAUUUCAAUUACAAACGGAAGAAGCUUGACUCGGCGUGGUAUGAUGGCGCUGGACACCAUCUAGUGGAUGACGAUAUGGGUAUCCAACCGGGAGACCAGGUCGAGGUCAUGUAUGGGCAACUGCUGUCCAGAGAUCCAGCACCCGCGACGAGAGAACGGCGUUCAAUGAGCUUACCUUCUCGUCAGCCUAGCAUUCAGUCCGGAAAGCCGGGCUAUGGCCGUCUUGCAGUACCGAACGGAUCAACGCAGAAGCCCAAGACCUCGUCAGGGUCAGUGAAAUCGGCUUCAAUGGCAAAUUCAAACUCAUACAGCUCCCAGCCAAGUGUGAACACCGACUCCCGGCCAGCUGGGAAAUCAGACAAGGAGAAGCCAAGGAUAAGGAAAAAGAGCAGUCGUGCUAUUUUGAAUGCUUCCAACCUGAACGAGUCGAGUGUUCUCUGUCUUUCCUCAUCCGAAGAUGAGAGUGAGGAUGAAUCGUCUGACCAUACUACCGGGCUAAGGGAUAGUAUCACCACGAUUGAUGAAGGCUUCCAGAUAUGCACUGCCAAAGCUGUGACCACCGCCAGUCGGCCGUCCAUCAAACGAGUCCGUUCAAGUUCUAAGAAACAUCCAGCAAAGAGCGGAACGAGUACGGCAACUAGAUCACAGAACGGCGAUUCCUCUAGCAGGGCAUCUAGCCUUCAUCCGUCAAUCCUAAGCCCAACGGACUCGAAUUUCUCUAGCGGUCGUACCAUCCCUGACCGGUUGCCUACCUCCCCCCCUACGCUGCCCCGUAUACAGACUCAGUUCUCGCCGGCCGAGAGCGGGCUGUCCCAACCAGGAAAUAGAAGAAGCCGUGUCAUAGCAGUGACCAGACAAGAGGAAUACCUUCUGGAGCUGAUAAGACGGAACAAGGGCGCCGUACCGCAGACCCUCUCCCCCGACGGCAGUGCAUCGACCAACACCAAAGAAUGGGCCAGAGCACUGGCAGCUCAGAUGAACCGACGAAGUGCCUCCAGCUAUAGCUCUGAUACAUCCUUCCUACGACUCAGUCCUGCUCUUCCUCCCACUCCGCUCCAAAAGAGGCCUCCUCGAUCCAUCCCAAAUCCCAGCAUUGCAUCUACCACUGGCGAUGCAGCCAGCUCUCCGUCAGUUCCACAAAGCGUAACUUCAGACACAAGUUACCACACAAGCUUCCAGAGCCCUCCCCCGUUACCCAAAAUCAACCUGGUGAAUUCCGGCGUCUGCUUCCCUUCUCCUCCAUCGGGCCAAUCCUCACCUUUCACCCCUCCUGCAGUACCGUUCAAGCAUCGCCGUCAUUCUUCUCGCAUGUCACAUACCCCAUCCAUGCCAUCUGUUAGAGAAAGCCUUCGGAAUCGAGCCAACACAACUGCUAUAUACGACGACAACGACGAUUGUGAAAAGGACAUCGAGACGAAUCCUGAUAUCCCCAUUUGGGCAUUGGGAUGGAACAGCGAGGCCACCGGCGUUGCCAUCGUUCAUUAA